CUACUCUAAUUCAAUAUAAUCAUUGAAUAUAGAGUUCUGCAUGAAACCAAUCCUAGUCCACUCAGGUUCCAACUUAAAUUAGGAUCCAAAAAAAAAACAUUCUCAUACGAUUCUAUUUAUUUUUUCAUAGAUCCGGUGCACAUGAACCAAACUAAUAAAAAAAAAAAAAAAAAAACAGAUCUCUAACAAGAAUAGCUCUGCUUCAACUCCCCAACUCUUCCUUGUUCCUUCGCAUUCGUCGCUCAGAGAGAGAGAGAGAGAGAGAGAGAGAGAGGAGGAAAUGCAUCUGAGCGCGAGCGAGGGGAUCGACGGGAACAGGUUCGUGGUGACGGGGGGAUUAGGGUUCGUGGGAUCCGCCCUUUGCUUGGAGCUCGCCCGCCGAGGGGCCGCCGAGGUCCGAUCCCUCGACCUCCGCACCUCCUCCCCCUGGUCCCGCGAUCUCCACAGCGCCGGUGUUCGAUGCAUCCAAGGAGACGUGCGUCGAAAGAAGGAUGUUGAGAGAGCUUUACGUGGGGCUGACUGUGUCUUCCACCUCGCCUCUUAUGGCAUGUCGGGGAAGGAAAUGCUACAGGCUGGUCGUGUUGAUGGCAUUAACAUAAGCGGGACCUGCAAUAUAUUGGAUGUCUGCCAUGAGCUUGGGGUCAAAAGACUCGUCUAUGUGAGUACAUGCAAUGUGGUUUUUGGAGGAAAGGAAAUUGUGAAUGGUAAUGAAUCACUGCAGUAUUUUCCAAUCGACGAUCAUGUCGAUCCGUAUGGUCGUAGUAAAUCAGUCGCAGAACAACUGGUCCUAAAGAGCAAUGGUCGCCCAUCAAAGGACAAGAGUGGGACCCGCCUCUAUACUUGUGCUAUUCGUCCUGCUGGUAUUUAUGGACCUGGUGAGGAGCGACACCUUCCAAGGAUUCUCUCCCUUGCUAAAAUGGGACUACUAUUCUUUAAAGUUGGCGGUACGAGCAUAAAAACAGACUGGGUUUAUGUGGAAAACCUUGUACUUGCCCUGAUAUUGGCGAGCAUGGGGCUUUUAGAUGACAUUCCUGGCAGAGCACAACCUGUCGCUGCUGGUCAGCCAUAUUUCAUAUGCGAUGGUUCUCCUGUCAACACAUUCGACUUUAUAGUCUGCCCUCUACUUCAAAGUUUAGACUAUAAUAUGCCAAAAAUAACAUUGAAAGUUGAGCAUGCACUGCUCGUAUCACGAGUUUGCUGGAUAAUGUAUACACUGCUAUAUCCAUGGCUUAAUCGUAGAUGGCUUCCCCAACCUCUACUUCUUCCUGCUGAAGUAUACAAGGUGGGUGUCACUCACUACUUUUCCAUUUUGAAAGCAAGAGAAGAGCUCGGGUACAUGCCGAUGGUGAGCCCUCGGGAGGGCAUGGCUGCGACUAUAUCAUAUUGGCAGGAGAGGAAAAGGAAAGAAUUAGAUGGGCCAACCAUAUAUGUGUGGCUCUUUGUUAUUGUGGGGAUGUCGAUUCUGUUCUGCGCCGGUUUCCUUCCCCCAGUAGAGCCGGUGCGAUGGGCACACAACCUCAGCCUUUUCUUUCUCCGGUCAAUGUUAGCAAUCAGACUCGUCUUCAUCGUAGCAGUUAUGCUGCAUGUUGCAGAAGCUUUUUAUGCAUGGUCGCUGGCGAGAAGGAUUGAUCCUGAGAAUUCGAAAGGGUGGUUUUGGCAGACCCUUGCCCUUGGUUUCUUCUCGCUUAGAUAUCUCCUGAAGAGAGCUAGAAGCUGAGACACUAUAUUAUUAUACAACAAACAUCAUGAUCUGAUAUCUGCAAAUGAGCAGGUGCAGGAUUGGUAUGCCCAGAAAUAGUUUUGUAACAAUCACUGUUGUUGAAGGUUGAGACGCUGUAAAAUUCUUUGCUCUCAAUCUAUGCUGGUUGCUGUUUGACAUAUCCUUGGAUGUACUGGUUGUUUGUAAUUUACAUCUCUCUAAUUUUCCUACGUACUAGCCGAUGUUACAUCAAGCAGGCAUUGCAGUUAAAUUACAAGAAUCUUGAUUGAAA